UAGUCGAGCGCAGAUCAGUGCGGAUGUUUGAUGGAAUAUGGCUCUCUCCAGAGGUUUGAGAUGCUGUCAAAGGGUUUUCUCCUGGAUUCCUGUUCUUAUUAUAACUGCCGUUGUGUUGUGGUCAUAUUAUGCCUACGUCUUUGAGUUGUGUCUUUUUACACUGACCAGUACUUUGGAAAAAGUGGCUUAUCUACUGGUAUUUCAUGCCUGCUUUGUGAUGUUCUCUUGGACCUACUGGAAGUCCAUAUUUAGUCCUCCUGCUACGCCAUGCAAAAAGUUUCAGCUGUCAUACUCAGAUAAGCAACGUUAUGAGAUGGAAGAGAGGCCAGAUGCCCAGAAGCAAAUCCUGGUUGAGAUUGCAAAGAAGCUACCCAUUUUCACUCGAUCUCAAUCUGGAGCUAUCAGGUUCUGUGACCGCUGCCAGGUACUGAAGCCUGACCGCUGUCACCACUGCUCCGUUUGUGAAACGUGUGUCUUGAAGAUGGAUCAUCACUGUCCCUGGGUGAACAACUGUGUUGGGUUUUCCAACUACAAGUUUUUUCUUCUUUUUCUUGCAUACUCUAUGUUGUACUGCAUAUUUAUUGCAGCAACUGUAUUUAAGUAUUUCCUCAAGUUCUGGGUGGGCGACUUACCAAAUGGGCCUGCAAAGUUUCAUGUGCUCUUCCUUAUGUUUGUGGCAAUCAUGUUCUUUGUCAGCCUCAUGUUCCUCUUUGGCUACCACUGUUGGUUAGUGGCCAAGAACAGAUCCACUUUAGAGGCCUUCUCAGGUCCAGUUUUUGUUGGUGGACCAGACAGAAAUGGGUUUAAUGUCAGCAUACGCAAAAACCUGGAGCAGGUGUUUGGAAAGGAUAGGAAGCUAUGGCUCAUUCCUAUCUUCACAAGCCAGGGGAACGGCCACUACUUCCCCUUAAAGAGUCACAACUCUGAGUCUCGUAACCCCUUAUUAGCUAAUGAGGACAUGUGGGAUGAGUCAGAUGAUGAGUCUGAAGAAGGAAGCUUGGUUGCAGACGUCGACCCCUCUGUCACCAUAGAGAUGGAGGAAUAAUUUACACUGAUACAGAGGAUGUAGACUUGUAACACACACUGGACCAUGGAGGUACCUGCAUUCCAAAUCAUGUGCAUGUUGGGACACAUUGAAAGGGGCCAAGUGAGUGGAUUACAACCUGAAUUUGGAUGAUCUUUGCCAAUCUUCCCCUGAUGUUUUUCAUAAUGAUGAACAAAGGAACUCACUGGAUAACCAGUGGCAGUGUUACUUCUCCUGCACAGAUGGAUAGACAACUGCCUCAGUUUUAUUUGGAGAAAUUUUGUGAAGUAUUACCUCACACACACACACAAAGUUUAUUUUAAAAUGGGUCAUAUCAUGGUUGAGGGCAUCAGCCUCUGUGGGGUUGUUUGUAAUGUUGCUGGUGGAGUGGGAAGCUUCUGUCUGGUACUUUGCUUUUCAGCAUGCCUCUGUUUCAGAGGUGGGUUGAGUUUACAGUUUGCACCUCAGGGCUUUGUCUUUGCUGGGUAGGUAUUGAAACUGAGCCUACACCAUGAAAGCUUCAGAGCUCUCUUGUGGUGACUCGGUUGUCUUGGUGGGUUUUCAUUGUAUUAACAUAAGAGCUUACUUUUUUUUUUUUUUCUCCACAUUGAACCCAAGUAUAUCAGAACAUGUUACUUGACCUGCGCCUUACUUACUUACAUAUUCCUCUUUGUUGAGGGUCAGUUUUUUUUCCCUAAGAAUGUAUCCUAUUUAUCAUCCUGUCUGUGUGUACACAGUGCCAACACUUUGAGCACAAAUUUAUGCAAGAAUAUAUCAUACUUCUGAUUUUAUAGAGUAUUUUAGCAUCUCUGUUGCAGUUUGUCAUGUACCUACCUGAUAAAACAAGAGACAGUAACCAGAAAAACUAACCCAGCAGUUUGCAGCUCAAAGUCACAGCAUUUAACAUGAGUAUCAUGGCAAACUUGAUUUUUCAGCAAAGUAAUAUCCUGAAUUUACUGUAUAUCAUUACUCAAUGUUGUUGGAUACUUUGCUGAUUAAAAGAAAAAUGCAGUUAUCAGUUUGAGUAUUAAGUCUGAGAAAUGCUUAUUAGACGUAUUAUGACUGUUUAUACAUUUUUUUGUCACAUCAGCAAAUCAUAGUAAGCUAACACUCUAGUGUGGUUUUAGGGGAAUAAAGUGAAGUGAAAACAGCUUUUAUCGUACGUACAGACCCAUACAUGGGAGAGGACAUUUACUCUUUUAUUUCCUUAUUUUAUCUUUUUAAACAGUUAUAAAUGUACGUAUUUAUAGCAGCUGAUCCUCAUCCACUGGCUGGUAAAGGACUGAUCUUCAGCAAUGUAAUUCUUUAAUUUUUUUAAAAUGUGUGUUUAUGUAUUAAAUUUUUUUAUUACCACGGAAACAGAUUUUCAUCAUUGAGACUGUUUAAGGACUUGUACGUUUAGUCAGUUAUAAGUUAUUAAUUCCAUUUACUUCUGACUGAAAGGUUAGCCCUUCACUCAACCUCAACAGUUCUAUCUGGACACCUUAAUUUGCUUCAACACUGCUUGUGUCUGAGGAAAAACUCCUUUAAUUAAAACAGUUUUUUUUCUGAGAUGUUUUAAAGUGUGUACACAAUGUAUGUUGAAUGUUUCAAAGAGUCUUGUGUAUUUAUUGAUAUAAUCAUCGUUUUUUUCCUCAUGUAUAUUGAGUUGAUCUGCUGCAGACAGUCUCUGUAUAUUUUGCUCCCUCCUGUGACACUAAAUGUUCUUUUCUCAAGCUAUAGCUUACAUGCAGUUCCAGACAAGUUCAGAAUCAAGUACAAAAGUCGUAUUGCACAGUCCUUUUUGAACCAUCUUUGGAGUAAUUGACCACCUCCAUUUUUUCCCCUUUUUUUUUUACCAAAAAUACUGACACACUUUGAUUUGUUGUUUUGUCUGUAAACAAAUAUAAAUUCUUUAUUGAUCCAUCAGUUGUUGUAACAUGCAAAAUAAAAUUAUCCAUGUC